UAGAGGAAAAAUCAAAUGAGAGCUUAAAAAAAAUUCAGACCAUGGCCUUUAAUUUCAUGGCUGCCUCUCUUCACCCAAAACCCACUUCCUUUCCUCCCGCAACACCAUGUCUGAUUCCCAGACACAAGCACUUGUUAAGGUCCUUCUCUUCUUCCUCAUCGGCUUCUUCUCUUUCUUGUUGCAGAACAUACGCCCGAUCGGAGAGAACAGAAGGUGGAAUUAAAGAAGAGGACCCUCCUGCUGCUUUCUCCGGGUCUUUGUCUUCAACACGUACACAGCUGGAUCUGUUGGAAGAACUCACUUCCGCUAGCUCGACAAAUGAUGAUGGCUAUCAGAGUGAUGGUAGCUCGCAGAAACUCACUAUAAGGGAGCAGCUCGUGCAGUUGGCGGGGGAUAGCGAUGAUGAUUUCAGUAUCCCAUUGGGAAAGAAUUUGAAGAAGGUUGGUGCUAAGCUUUUAUCUAUCUCGCAGAGGAGAAACAUCAAGAGACAAGCUUACUUAAAUGAAGUUUCUGGGAGGAAUGAUUCAGUUUUCUUUGCCACCAUUGGAGGGUUUGUAAUUCUUCCACCUUUUAUAAUACUAGGGAUUGCUAUAUUAACUGGCUAUGUGCAGCUCUUUCCAUGAUAUAUUUUGAAAUUAUAAUAGCGAAAUCAUAGUCCAUUAUACCAAUCUUGGCAUCGCAUUUGGGUUUGCAUUCUAUCUGCUUCCUUUUUCUCCCCUGGUCAAAUCAAUUGUUGAAUUAUCU